AUGCAAAAGUUCCCAUUCAUACCUACUCUCGGUGACGAGGAAGAGUGGCAGCUAUUGAUGCUCAUCCAGCCUCUGUUUGCAUUAGAGCUACCAUGGGGCUUAACUCCGAUAAAAUCCCUCUCAGAUGCUGAAGCUGCGGCUGAAGCUGCGGACUUCGUUUCAACCAUUGGACUGUUCAAAAGUGAUGUUAGAGCUUUGCCGGGAUGCUUGCCAAAAAGCUUCCUGUCCGCUACAGAAUUCGGAAACUGCAGAAAGGACCUUAGGGAUUUGCUCACGUUUUUUGAUGGUCUGGUCGAUAACAACGUAUCUAUGAUCCAUGGAGUGGGCGAACUAUUGCCUCCAUCAGAAGAGACUCCCUCGACAUGGGGAGCUGGCUUGUACCAAAACGUUAGCCAUGUCAUAACCUGGAUGAAUCCCAAGAACAAAGAUGCUGGUGUGUGGGCAUUUUUAACGCAACCGUUUACAGCUAUCGCUCAGAUUGUGACAAGGAAAGUCGACCAGACGACAGGAAAUAUCAAAGUGUCCGAUGCGGCAAGCGAGGCCCCUGAGUAUCGCAACCUCGACAAUCUGGCGGUAUGGGUUCAAAAGCACAAACUGCAUAGGGAAUCCUGGUCUCAAGAUCAACAGCCUCGUGAGGCCAUUGCUGAAUGUCAAGCCUUCCUGACUUUGGAACAUCCUAUCACGAAAUUUCAAAAAGGAGCAGCCAUUCUGAGAAGUGCAAUGCGCAAGCUGAAAUCACCCUCUUUAGACAAGUCCCCUUCUCCUAAAAGAGAGAUUGCCACCACAAACUGGAAGCAUCCUAAGCCUAGAGAGCUUUCUCACCAGCUUUAUUGCCUUCUCCAAAAACGAACUUGUCAUUUCAAUGGAGCCCAUAAGGCCAAACUUCAACUCGACGGGUUCCUACUAGAUAAUCUCAACGAGGAACUCAGAUUAGACGUUUUCUUAUCGUCUUGCCCCCCACCGUGCGACAAAUUGUGGCUUCCCGGACAUUAUACUUCAGCGAAGGAGGAUUCAAUGAACUUAGACCACGAUGAACUCGAUCUCUGCCGCCUUUUCGGCCAACAUCACCGUCACACAGAUGAGGGCAUCCCUAUCUUGAGUCUCCUCUUCGUUGAAGAUUAUAUGAUACUGGAGCCUGGCAGCCUCGAUCCACCUCCAUCAGCUUUUCAACCCUCCUCUCCCACCAUGUCUCUUGCCUCAGUUCUUGAAAGUGGCCUCUUAGGGGAUCCGUAUGUAAAUGGUCAGUUUACGGAUGGAGAUAAAGCCAUGCUCGCUUUAUCGCUCGGCCGAUGUCUGCUACAUCUUUUCUCUGGGGCAUGGAUGCAAGAGGUCUGGACUUCCGAGUCCAUUCAUUUUCUGUGCCAAUCAGAUGAGCAUGAAUACAGAAUAUUUGACAUACAUCAUCCAUUCGUCACUUGCUCUCUAGCAAAACCCAGUCACGCGGACUAUGCGGAGCCCAUCAAGCUUACGCCAACCACAUGUGAGCCAUUCAUACGCAAUUUUGCCAUUGUUCUAUUGGAAAUCGAAACUGGUAAGAAACUGGACAUUCAAAACCCAUAUUCCCCCAAGUUUCAAGCCAUGAUGGGUGAACAUCUUCAAGGGCUAUGGAAUAGCCCUCGAGGAGCAAAAAAACCAUCAUACAUUGGCGCUAUACUCGGCUGCAUCGACUUCGCUGAAGCGCUCCAAAGGGUCAACGAUAACCCAAUGGCUCGGCUUCGCCAAACCAAGAAGAAGAAUCAAGCAGUUUCCAUCUGCAGCCUAGAAGAUGUUCGAAACAUCAUACAUCUUCGAGUCGUGAAAAAACUCGAGAGCCAUUAUUCAGAAUUUCCGGAUACCAUCGAGGUUUUUGCAGGCGGAUAUCUACGGUUCCCGACAAGCACCGGGACCACAACAAAGAAGCCACAAAAUAACCCGACGGUCUACGGAUCAAAAGCGCCACACUAUGAUUUUAACAGCCAUGACAUGCGUUUACAUAAUGGAGACUUGAUUGGCUAUGCGAACGCGUUUUCUCGAGACUUUGAGCAGUUCCACAGACGCUUUAUUCGGCCCCUCAUGAGAAACGGUGACCAAAAGAUACAACGUGUCAAAAUUGCAUUGCUAGAUACAGGCAUAUAUACAGGUCAUAGCGACCUCCAGGCCUUGCGUCAGAUAGCCAUGCAAUAUAGAAAGAGUCAGGGGUUCGAACAGAAAGAAGACCAAGACCCAAUCAAGUUCAAGGAGAGCAGGCCAUUCAUCGGGGACAGAAUCAGAGACACAGUCGGACAUGGAACUCAUGUAGCUUGCCUUCUUCUGAAAUUUGCACCAGAUGCUGAUAUAUAUGUUGCAAAAAUUACGACCACCAUGGAAUUUGCAGAUCAUGAACCCGCUAUCGAGUGGGCAACUGAAACUGUGGCUGCAGAUAUUGUUACCAUGUCUUUUGGUACUGCAAGACCAAGUAAGAUGAUAGAAGAGGCGAUCAAUACAGCCCAAUCCAAAAGGACGUCCCAGGGCCAUAAGCCUAUUUUCUUUGCCUCAGCAUCGAAUCAUGGGCUUCGAAGGUCCAAACGCUCUUUUCCAGGUUCAGACUCGAACGUGAUUUGCGGCUUUGCACUCGACGGGAAUGGAGGAGACAAUUACAGUCUGAACCCGGAAUAUGAAGAAGGGAAAGAUCACUUUGGUACUCUAGGAGUAGGCAUACCUGUCAUGUGGGAGCAUCAAGAGGGCGUACAAGAAACUCGCCUUACGUCAGGGACAUCAUAUGCAACGCCAGUCCUUGCAGCAAUUGCGGCUAAUUACAUGACUUGGCUAGAUAUGAAUGCAAGCAAGCUGGGAGAGCCAUUAUAUAAGGCUGCUCGGGAGAAAAGAGGUAUCGAGACCGUAUUCAGGGACUUGAUGAGCCGAAAAAAGAGGAAGGCGGACGAGAUUUCAUUUAUCUCACCGUGGAAGCUCUUCAAGUUCAUGUAUUCAGAGACUGAAGGGUCAAUCCUUCAUCCCGUUGUGGAUCGAACUUUGCUAGAGGCAGACUCACGGACUGCGGAUGACUGCCUUGGAUUAAUUCGUUUAACUAUUGAGGUACCACAGCCGUAA